AUGGACAUUGAAGAAGAUCAACGCCCAGCCGAGACCACUGGAUCGUCGACACCUGUUAUUGUCUCGGCUGCGCAAGCUAGUUCAGGACUUUCUAUAUCAAUCCACCCUCUUGUACUGUUAAACAUCUCGGAUCACUACACGCGUUUAAAAUUACAAGAUCCCGCCAUUGCAGAAGCUGGUCGAAUCUAUGGUGCUAUUUUGGCGCAGCAGUCUGGACGCGAUAUUGAUAUCAUCAAUUCAUUUGAGCUGCCUAUGCCACAACAAGAUAAGGUGGAUUUGGAUUACUUGGCAAUGAAGCAGGAACAGCUGAAACAAGUGUUCCCACAUCUCGAUUUUAUGGGUUGGUACUCCCUCGGAAACAUGCCAAGCGAAUCUGAUUUAAAAAUACAUGAACAGCUUCUUCAAGUCAACGAAUCUUCCAUUUAUUUACAAUUGGAUCCAGCAGGUAUAGCUGGCGGAACUAAGGAGUUUCCGGUGAAAAUCUACGAGUCGACUAUGGACAUGAUUGAUGAACAGGCGCGUCUUGUGUUCGUCAAAGCUCCAUAUAAGAUUGAAACCAAUGAAGCCGAGCGAGUUGCUGUUGAUCACGUCGCUAAACCAAGCACCUCAAGCCGAGAAGCCAUGAUAUCGCACUUGACUACACAACGCAAUGCAAUUGCCAUGUUGCAUGCUCGUAUUCAAUUUUUACACCAGUAUCUUAAAGAUGCAAAGGAAGGAAAGAUACCCUUAGACCACGAUAUUGUGCGGCAAAUAUCGAGUGUAUGUCAACGGUCACCGUUGAUGAACAGUAAUGCAUUUGAUGAACAGCUCUCUGUGGAGUUGGAUGACGUCUUGUUAGUAGCCUAUCUGACGACCAUUACUAAGGGCAUGAACACAAUGAACGAUCUGAUCGAUAAGUUCAACCUUGCACAUGGGACCAUACAAAGCACAGGAACGAGAGAUCAAGCCGGAAUGAUGCCUGGAAAGGCUGGUUUGGCUUCGCCUGCAGGUGGAAGAAGAAGGAUGAUGGUAAAUUCUGUGUUGUAUAUCAACAGUUCAUAA